UUUCUACAGCUGUUUAACAACAAUAUUUUUGCACUUGAUGAAGCUUAACUCUAAUUUCUCAUUUCCUUAAGGGGAUUAUCUAUACAUAUAAAACUAGGGCUGGCGUAAACAUCCUCAGUGCUUCCCAGUUAAGUGCAGUCAUCUAUUAUUGAGCGAAAGGCCGAGUGUGGAAAUGUGUGUAAGACGGUGGAUUUGAAGUAGAUUUGGUUUCAAUCGAUCAGCAGGAGAAGAAUAUUGCUUAUGGUAACAAAAGAAGCAGCUAUGUCCUUCUCUCAGUUUGGAUAUCCUUACAAUGCAACUUCUCAGUUUUUCGUGUCGGCAACCCCCAGUACGACUUGCUGCGAUUCGAUAUCCAGGUCGGUGACAGAAGGAUCGAGCGCAUCGCAGACCGCAGCCUCCUUCUGCUGUCCCUCCUAUGAGAACCGGCUGCUGGCAAGCACACGGACGGAGCUUAACGCCGCGCUCGGGAUGUACGGCUCCCCUUACGCAGCAGCAGCGGCCGCAGCCGGGCAGAACUACGCCAACUACUUUCCGUACAGCGCCGACCCCUCCACCAUCUACUCCAGCCUGAACCCACAAUAUGAAAUCAAAGAGGGGUCAGGCAGUCUUCAUGGCGCUAUAACACAACCGGCCACUUACUAUCCAUAUGACCACUCACUCGGACAGUACCAGUAUGACAGGUAUGGCACAGUUGAUUUUAAUGGAUCAACACGGAGAAAGAACGCCACACGUGAAACAACAAGUACGCUUAAAACAUGGCUUUAUGAGCACCGGAAAAACCCUUAUCCUACAAAAGGUGAAAAGAUCAUGCUGGCCAUAAUCACCAAAAUGACCCUCACGCAAGUGUCUACCUGGUUUGCCAAUGCUAGAAGGAGACUAAAAAAAGAAAACAAGAUGACCUGGUCCCCUAAAAACAAAGCAGGCGAUGACAGGAAGGAAGACCUCGGUAAGAGUGACCCAGACAUUACCAAAGACUCCAAAGAUAGUAAGGAUGAGCAGGACCUGCAGUUCAGUGACCUGGAUGACAUGGAGGAUGAGGACUGUGACAAGCUGGACAGUGACUGUGAAAAAUCAGGUCAGGAUGACCUCCCGACCUCCUCCCCUCCAAAGAGAGACUGUAACCCUGACAUCCCUCUCCACCCCAACUUCCCAUCUUUUCCCUGUGGUCUAAAGAGUUUAGGGCCUCUGAACCCUGACUACCUGGAUCAUCUGGGCUCCAAACCACAGCAGCAACAGCCCUCACCUCAGUCCACCUCCAUAAACACUGUGGCACUCUCUCACUUUGAGUCAUCGGAGAAGCCUCGGAUCUGGUCGUUGGCACGUACGGCCGCAGCAGGGGUUGUACUAGGAACACAGCAUGUUGGGGAUGUACGGACUGGGCCUGUGGACUGCCAGAUGCAGGGAGUCCGGUUACCCACAGUCGGAGCAGUGCAGUGUGGGGAGCUGAAGGGCCUUCAGGACCCUACAAACCUCAGCAAUACUGAAAGCCUUUUUCAAGAAGGACUACAGGGGAUACACAAGGCAUAUAGUAGCGGGAGCUACAAGACACUACAACUUCACUCUUCAUCGUAUCCUGGACUGACAGAAUCCUGCCAGUACUCCUCAAUGGAAGGCUUCCCCAGUGCAGGAAAGACAGAGACGGAAUCCAGUGAGCUCAGUGACACAUGCCCAACAAUCCAGGAUGCUAAGACCACUGCAUUCAGACCUGUGAUGAAGAGGUGAGGCAGGACUAUGGAAAUGCCAAUAAACAUGGGGAAGUUUUUAUGAUCAUUAUGCACUAUGGAAUGGACUCAAUGAAGAACUUUAAACCCAUGGCAGCAGACACUUGAAAUACUAGCGCAAUGACUAUGUGUGCCCUUUCUGGAACUGUGAAAACUGGAGGCAGCCAUACUUUUGCACAAUAUGAUUUAAUGGUGUCAAUAACUUUAUGCAAUGUUUUGUGUAUGUAUGAGAAUAAAUUGUGAUUUCUUAUGUCUG